AUGCCCCAGGGCGAUGUUCGGCAGCCAUGGGGAGAGGGUUUGAGGGAGGAUCAAAAUGCCGGGCCACCAGGCUAUAGUCGCCAUUUGCCAACCCAUCACGGCGUCACACCGCCAAAGCUCAUCGCCUCCCAUCCGCACUCAUCGCCUCUCAUCCGCCCUCAUCCCCUCCCAUCCGCCCUCAUGCGCACUCAUCCCCUCCCAUGCGCCCUCAUCCCUUCCCAUGCGCACUCAUCCCCUCCCAUGCGCACUCAUCCCCUCCCAUCCGCCCUCAUCCCCUCCCAUCCGCCCUCAUGCGCACUCAUCCCCUCCCAUGCGCACUCAUCUCCUCCCAUCCGCACUCAUCACCUCUCAUCCGCCCUCAUCCCCUCCCAUCCGCCCUCAUGCGCACUCAUCCCCUCUCAUGCGCACUCAUCUCCUCCCAUCCGCACUCAUCUCCUCCCAUCCACACUCAUCACCUCUCAUCCGCACUCAUCCCCUCCCAUGCGCCCUCAUCCCCUCCCAUGCGCACUCAUCCCCUCCCAUGCGCACUCAUCCCCUCCCAUCCGCCCUCAUCCCCUCCCAUCCGCCCUCAUCCGCACUCAUCCCCUCCCAUCUGCCCUCAUCCCCUCCCAUGCGCACUCAUCCGCACUAAUCUCCUCCCAUCCCCCCUUCAUCUCCUCAUAUCCGUCCUCAUCUCCUCCCAUCCGCCGUCAUCCCCUCCCAUGCGCACUCAUCCCCUCCCAUGCGCACUCAUCCCCUCCCAUCCGCCCUCAUCUCUUCGCAUCCCCCCUUCAUCUCCUCACAUCCGUCCUCAUCCCCUCCCAUCCGCCCUCAUGCGCACUCAUCCCCUCCCAUGCGCACUCAUCCCCUCCCAUCCGCCCUCAUCCCCUCCCAUCCGCCCUCAUGCGCACUCAUCCCCUCCUAUGCGCACUCAUCCCCUCCCAUCCCCCCUUCAUCUCCUCGAAACCCCGCCCCCUCCCCCGUUCCCUUUCCUAUACCAGCUUAUAG